CACUCUGUGAGACCAAUAAUGCGGAAGUGACUUUUGUGUAGGAGUGGCUGCGCUAGGGGUGUUGGCCGGUGUUUUAGGUAAUAGCGUCUGUGUGAGAGCGAGAAGCAGUUAGCCGUCACCCGUUUGUAUCUCGUGUAGUGUCCGACAAACAACACCGCCAAAAUGUCAAGCAAAAGAGCAAAGACAAAGACCACAAAGAAGCGCCCCCAGCGUGCAACUUCCAAUGUAUUUGCUAUGUUUGACCAGUCUCAAAUCCAGGAGUUCAAGGAGGCUUUCAAUAUGAUUGAUCAGAACCGUGAUGGCUUCAUUGACAAAGAAGACUUGCACGACAUGCUUGCUUCUCUUGGUAAGAACCCCACAGAUGAGUACUUGGAGGCUAUGAUGAACGAAGCACCUGGUCCUAUUAACUUUACCAUGUUCCUUACCAUGUUUGGUGAGAAGCUGAAUGGCACAGAUCCAGAAGAUGUCAUCAGGAAUGCAUUUGCAUGCUUCGAUGAAGAAGGAACAGGACAUAUUCAAGAAGAAUACCUGCGCGAAUUGCUGACUACAAUGGGUGACAGAUUCACAGAUGAGGAAGUGGACGAACUGUUCAGGGAGGCACCGAUCGAUAAGAAGGGCAAUUUCAACUACAUUGAGUUCACACGUAUCCUAAAACACGGCGCCAAAGACAAGGAUGACUAAAAAAGCUUUCCGUGCCGACAGUGAAACUAUCUCGCUUUACUUGUGCAGUCUAUGCAUUUCCUCUAGAACACUGCAUGCAUUUUAUCUCUCUAGAUCUCUGUAUUUAUGGAAUUGUUCUAGGCCUUUCUGGCCCACACGCACACCUAUGUAACCAAACUGGAAUCGGAAGAUGUAACUGUAACAUUUAGUGUCAAGAAUAUAGGCUUCCUGCAUAGCAGACACAAAAACUAGCAAUUCUGUAUUUUUGACUUGAAAUGGGGUUUUCGAAAUAAAAAUCUACAAAUAAAGGUCAUACAAAACAUAUCAGUGUGGUUUGGCAGAGUUAAAAUGUUUUUGUUCUAGAAUUGUGGGUUUUUUUAAUGCAGUAGGUCUGCCUAAACCAUCACAGAUACCACUAAAUCUUUAGAUCCAGUUCACAGGGGUCCCCUCCAACGGUUUCACCUGCUAAAAAUCAAUUUCCUAUGGCUACCUACCGUCUAUACUGCACACCUUGUUAUUUUCAUCUCCUUGAAACUUUUUAUAAGACUGUCACAAUCUUAUCGAUGAGUGUAAGGCAUUAAUGGAGACCAAGUGAGGACCAGAGGGAGCUAGUGGCAUUGCCGUGUCAUGCUAUACAUGUAGAGGAUGUGUUUUGGAAUUUUCACAUUUUAUAAAACAAAUAAAAUGUUUUUUGUCAUA